CGCCCAUGUCUGCAGGCUCUGCACCGGGUAGCCUCUGGUGUUACGCGCCCGAUAAAGGCGCACCCAUUGCUUUCGCCGUUCUGUUUCUUCUAUCGGGCCUCGUUCAUGUAUACCAGUCACUGCAUUAUCACUCUUGGAAAGUGACUGGCCUCCUACCAUGGGCAGCCGCACUCUUCGUAGCUGGCUUCAUCACCCGCGAAGUCGGUGCAUACAACUAUGAUAGCGAAGGCCUAUACAUCUCCUCGACCAGGCUUCUGCUCAUCGCGCCCGCCGUCUACGAAGGCGCCAACUACUUCGUCCUCGGCCGCGUCCUCUACUACGUCCCCUACUACGCCCCCCUCCACCCCGGCCGCGUCGUCACCACCUUCUUCGGCAUCGACGUCCUCAUCGGCGUCCUCACCGGCGUCUCCGGCUCCUACAUCGCCGACCCCUCCCUCCCCACAGCCAAACAGAAUCUCGGCCGCGACCUCCUCCGCGCGGCCAUGCUCCUCCAGCUCGCCACCAUGGCCCUGUUCGUCGGCAUCACCAUCCGCUUUCAUAUCCUCUGCCGGCGGGCGGGCGUGCUGAAGCGCAAUUUGCGGAUUGUGAUCUCGGUGGUGUAUGGAAGCUGCACGAUUAUCACGAUACGCACCGUGUAUCGGACGGUGGAGUAUCUUGAGGGGGCGAUUCCUGCGGCGGCGGCGGAGAGUGGGGAAGGGCAUAGGAGCCCCAUCGUCUGCAACGAGUGGUUCUUUUGGGUGUUCGAGGCGACGUUGAUGUUUUUGAACAGCACAUGGCUGAAUGUGUUCCAUCCAGCGCGCUUCUUGCCUAGAGACUACAAGGUCUUCCUUGCAAGAGACGGACAGACGGAGAUCGAAGGUCCAGGAGAUACGGACAAGCGAGGGUGGAUACAGUCGAUCUUGGAUCCCUUCGACUUGAUCGGCCUGGUUAGGAAGAAAGACGUGAAGUAUUGGGAGGAAGAUAAUAGGCAGUUGUGCCACGACGAAACGGAAAUGAGGGAUCAAUAGCACAUCGUAGGACUUACCAAGCAGUAUUCUGAUUCCAUGAGAAGGUCGUGAUUCGGGGACCGCGGAUAUUGAACAUGCCAUUCAUGAUAGGAGCAGCAAACAUAGUCCAUAGAUCGAUGCUCA